UGGUUGAGGAAACCUGAGCAAGGUUGAAGUUGUAGGAGGGACACGUGGUCAAGGGUGGGAGACGCAUGCGCCUCAUUUUCAUUCCGGUUGAGACUCCUCUCAGCACCCGGCAGUUGACUCGUGGCACCGCUAUGUGUCGCUCGCGGGCCCAGACUCCUAGGUAGCUAUGUCAGUGUGGACCACCACAUCAUGGGUGGCUGUACUAUUCGUACUGGCUGCCACCGCCAGGCACAGGCACCCUCAUUAUCCCACAACAACAAUAUCAGUUGCCAACUUUGGAGUCUGGGAGGAUAAACGAAAAUAUCCAAAUUUCUCGCAUUGGCCUGAAGAAGAAGUUGACAAAGGUGGAACAAUGUGCCCUAACUGUCUACUGCGUAACGAAGAAGAAGGAAAAUACUACGACAGAAGCGAGGCGAUUAGACUAGAAGCGAUUAAGCACCAAAUUCUAAGCAAACUCGGCCUCCGGGCAAGGCCGAACGUUAGUGGUGCCUCGAUGCCGAGGGACCUCGUUCUUGAGACGCUGUACAGAGCCAACGACGGGCCUAACGUCUCGAACAACUCGCCAACUUCAAAAAAGUUCAACGACGACCACGAUAUGGGUCGCGACGAUUUUUUCGCAACGACGUCCGAAAUCAUCACCUUCCCCGAACCAGGGCCCCGAUUGAAUGGACAGCGACUGAUAGAGUUCCUCCCUCCAGGGGAAGGUCCAGACCUAAGGGUCAAAUCGGCCGUCCUCUGGGUGCGGCUGGAACAAAGGAGCUACAGUCCCCCGAGGAACGUCACCCUCUGGGUCAUCAGGCUCACAGCACAUCACCUUCCUAACACCACACAGCUAAGUGGUAAGGACUUCAACGCCUACACGGAGGUAGUUAGUUCCGCGAGGGUCUCGACGAUCGGCUGGCACAAGCUGGACUUGCAAACGGCGGUGACGGAGUGGUACUCGAGGAAAGGCAGCAGGAAGCUGUCCCUGCUGAUAGACUGCUCAGGGUGCGGAAGCGCGGUUGCGCCGGCGCUUUUCCAAUCCGGUCGUUCGAAUAAGCCCUAUCUCGUUGUAAGGACUGAACCAGCGCAAACGAGAAGGGUCCGAAGGACGGCGCUCGAGUGUUCGGGGGCCCCGCGAGGCCAUUGCUGCAAGCAGCAGUUUUACGUUAACUUCAAGGAAAUCGGCUGGGACGACUGGGUCAUCGCCCCGGGCGGCUACUUCGCCAAUUACUGCAGAGGGGACUGCAACAGGCACAGGACUCCCGACACCUAUCUCAAUUACCAUACGCAUAUAAUGGAGGAAUUUAGGAAAAAGGAUCUCGUCGUCGGCCUCCAACCUUGCUGUUCCCCCAUCAGGUUUUCACCGGCCACUCUCAUCUACUACACCCCAGAGAAGAACAUUGUUAAAACUGACCUUCCCAAAAUGGUUAUAGAAGAGUGCGGUUGCCCUUAAAUGACUUGAGUGUACAAAGCAUCAAAUUCACUAACUAUAUGUGCCUCCCCAUUUUAUUGUAAAUACCAAGUAUUCCCCUCCCAGUUUGUCUUAAAUCAUUUUUUUUUAAAUAUGUUUUAUUAUGAACUAUAUAGUGAUUGACCUCGUGGUUCUGAAGUUGGUGUUCCGUCAUUCCAUCGCACUUUAUUCUUCUAUGUGAUGUAUUAAAAUUACGACCAUUUCAUCGAAUAUAUUUUCCUAAAACUCUUAUAAAUAUUAGGUGAAAUAAAUACCUUAAGAAAAAUAAGUAAAUGAUUAAGAGAAAUUUUCGUCUUAAAAACAAUUGUCUAGGUAAUUGUAUUGUGUUAUAUGGUUUUUGAAAUCGAGUGUCUUCAUUUCGAAUCGCUUCUAGACGAAUUAUGUAUACAAAUUAGAGAAAAUAUUUUGCCCCCCUCUCAUUUAUAGAAAAUAUUAAACUUUUUGAAUUUUCAAUGAAUUCAAAGCAAGCUAAAAAUACGGCUGCCAAUUGAUACUGUUUCCUUUGAAGCAUACAAAAGUUAAAGUGAAAAACAUUGAAAACGUUCAUUGUGCGCUUCAACGAAUAAGCUUUUUCCAAUAUAACUAUUUAAUUGUAGAAAAACAGCCCGGAACAAUUGUUUCAACUAUAAUAAUAGUAAUACUGUGUUCUAAGAUAUUUAAAAAUAGAAAAUA